AUGCUUCCCCAGACUCGGGCGCGCGUGCCCGCCGCUCUCCGGAGCUUGGCUAGGUCCAACGUCACUGUUCGGAGCCUCUCUACCACUCUCCCUCGCUUCCAGAAUGACGACAAGGUCCUCAACAAGGUCUCCCGCCACAUCACCCAGCCCAAGGCACAGGGUGCUUCCCAGGCCAUGCUGUACGCCGUGGGUUUGAACGAGGCGGACAUGAACAAGGCUCAGGUCGGUAUCUCAUCCGUCUGGUUCAACGGCAACCCUUGCAACAUGCACUUGCUCGACCUCAGCAACAAGGUCCGUCAGGGUGUGCAGGACCAGGACUUGAUUGGCUUCCAGUUCAACACCGUCGGUGUCAGUGAUGCCAUCAGUAUGGGUACUACCGGCAUGCGCUACUCUCUGCAAAGCCGAGACCUGAUUGCCGAUUCCGUUGAGACCGUUAUGGGUGGACAAUGGUACGACGCCAACAUCAGUAUUCCCGGUUGUGACAAGAACAUGCCCGGUGUCCUGAUGGCUAUGGGCCGUGUCAACCGCCCCAGUUUGAUGGUUUACGGUGGUUCCAUCAAGCCCGGCUGUGCUGCUACCCAGAACAAUGCCGAUAUCGAUAUCGUUUCUGCUUUCCAGGCCUACGGUCAGUUCCUUACCAAGGAGAUCACCGAGCCCCAGCGCUUCGACGUCAUCCGCCACGCCUGCCCCGGCGAGGGUGCCUGUGGUGGUAUGUACACUGCCAACACCAUGGCUUCUGCCAUCGAGACCAUGGGUAUGACCCUUCCCGGUUCCUCUUCCAACCCGGCCAAUUCCCAGGCCAAGUACUUGGAGUGUCUCGCAGCUGGUGGUGCCAUCAAGAAGCUGCUUGCUGAGGAUAUCCGCCCUCGUGACAUUCUCACUCGUCAGGCCUUCGAGAACGCUAUGGUUGUUGUCAACAUUACCGGUGGUUCCACCAACGCUGUGCUGCACUUGAUCGCCAUUGCCGACUCGGUCGGCAUCAAGCUCACCAUCGAUGACUUCCAGUCUGUGUCCGACCGCAUUCCCUUCCUGGCUGAUCUCAAGCCCUCUGGUAAGUAUGUCAUGGCCGAUCUCUUCGCUAUUGGCGGCACACCCGCUCUCCUGAAGCUGCUGCUCAAGGAGGGUCUUAUUGACGGCUCUGGUAUGACCGUUACUGGCGAGACCAUGGCUCAGAACUUGGCCAAGGUGCCCGACUUCCCCGAUGACCAGAAGAUCAUCCGCCCCUUCUCCAACCCCAUCAAAGAGACUGGUCACAUUCAGAUCCUCCGUGGCUCUCUCGCCCCUGGUGGCAGUGUCGGAAAGAUCACUGGUAAGGAGGGCACGCUCUUCACCGGAAAGGCCCGCGUCUUCGACAGCGAGGACGACUUUAUUGCUGCUCUUGAGCGCAAUGAGAUCAAGAAGGAAGAUAAGACCGUUGUGGUCAUUCGCUACUGCGGCCCUAAAGGUGGCCCUGGCAUGCCUGAAAUGCUCAAGCCCUCUGGUGCUCUCAUGGGUGCCGGUCUCGGUAACUCCUGUGCCCUUAUCACCGACGGCCGUUUCUCCGGCGGUUCUCACGGUUUCCUGAUCGGCCAUAUCGUCCCCGAGGCUGCCGUUGGCGGACCUAUCGGUCUUGUCAACGACGGCGAUAUCAUCACCAUCGAUGCUGAGAAGCGUAUCCUCGAUGUUGACCUCUCUGACGCUGAGUUCGCCGAGCGUAAGCAGAAGUGGGAGGCUCGCAAGGCUGCUGGUGACCUCCCGGCCACUGGUCUCACCAUGCGUGGUACUUUGGGCAAAUAUGCCCGCCAAGUCCGCGAUGCCAGCCAGGGCUGCAUCACUGAUGCUUUAGAUUAA